AUGUCCAGGCCGCACCUCCGGCCCCCACGACUCCUGUUUACGUGGCAGCUGUUGUGGCUGCUGGUCCAGGAAGCUCAGCCUUCUGAACUGGCCCUGGAUCCUGUCCUGCUGAUCUCUGUCCUCCCAGGGACGACUGAGCCCUGGCCUUCGGAUCAGCAAAACCCCCCACCUGAGCCUUCAAAUACCAUUGAACAGGUUAAAUCUCUGUCACUCCGAGAAGAGGACUCACCUCUGCCUACAGAUGCCCCUGAGGAAGUGAAACCUCCAGCCCCUCUGGAGACCCCAGCUCAGCAAGUCCUUUCAACCCAGCAGGAGGUCCCUCAAAACCCCCCUGAGAAGAUGGAAUCAUCUCCAUCCCAGGAGGAGACCCCAGCUCAGCCUACUUGGGAGGCUGAUGCUACUGCCCUGCAGCAGACUACAGCUCCUCCAAAGCACCCUGAGGUGACACUUCCACAUCCAGAAGCUGUUCAGGUUCAGCAGCCAACCUUGAUUGAAGUCACUAUUCAGCCUUUGGACCUGGAAGUCACAAUAAUUCAGCAACCUCCUACAGGGGCUGAUGCUACAGCCCUGCAGCAGACUACAGCUCCACCAAAGCACCAUGAGGUGACACUUCCACUUCCAGACCCCAUUCAGGCUCAGCAACGAACCUUGAUUGAAGUCACUAUUCAGCCUUUGCACCUGGACAUUACAAUAAUUCAGCAACCAGAGUCAUCUGAGACAGUUUCUACAAUGACUAAACAGAGUGCCACCAUGAACAUAUGUGAGCUGUGUACCUGCAGUAAUGGGACACUGUCGUGUACUGGUCUCAGUCCAGAGCAGAGGCUCCACAGAGUGCCUGUACCGGAGCCCAACAGCACCUUCAUUGUCCUAAACUUGCAAGGAAACUCUAUUUCUUUCAUUGAUAAAGAUACAUGGAAGUCAUACCACUUGGUUGAGAAAUUAAAUCUCAGUGGAAAUAAUUUGAGAAAAUUACAUAAGGAUUCAUUUGAAGGCCUGCAUUCCCUCCAGUACUUAGAUUUAUCCUGCAAUGAAAUACAAUUUAUUGAACGAAAUACAUUUGACUCACUACCUUCUUUGCAGUAUAUAAAUCUUGGUUGCAAUUUAAUCACAAAAGGCUUUGGAACAUUUCAGGCCUGGCAUGGAAUGCAGUAUUUACACAAGUUAAUUCUCAGUUGUAAUCCUCUGACAACUGUUCAAGAUCCAUAUCUUUUUAAGUUGCCAGCAUUAAAAUAUUUAGACAUGGGAAAAACACAAGUGUCACUUAUAACAGUUGAGAGAAUCCUUGUGAUGACCCUUCAUUUGGAAAAACUGGUCUUACCUAGCCAUUUGGCCUGCUGCCUCUGCCAAUUUAAAAAGAAUAUUGAGGCUGUCGGCAAGACAGUCAAACUGCAUUGUGACCCUGAGUGUCUGACAAAGACACCUUGUGAUGAAGAGCUACUUAUAGAAGGAUUGUUCAUGAAAAUAUUAGAAGGCCGGAAGAACACCAGCACUGAGCUGACUGUUGAGCCAGAGGGAGCAUCCAGAGUAAAAAAUGGUGACAAUUUAUCACCCUUCAUGAGCUUCCUGAUAAAGCAUCUCAAUGAGCAGCAAAAAGUAAAGGUUUCCAAGGCAGAGCAAGAUACGAAUCAAUGGAAAAAAGAGAACUAUAUGAAUGAGAGGCCAGAAGCCCAGAGUAAACAGAUAGAGCAGGAGUCAAAUGAGCUCACAAAAGAAGUGCAAGGAUAUGGCUACAACCACCAUCUCAUCGUGGCAAUACCUGUGACUUUAGGAGCAAUAGUUUUUAUUGUAAUUUUCUGUUUCAUGGCGAUUUAUUAUAGAACACCAUCAGAAGAAGGUAAAGAAGGAAGCUCAAGGGGCUUUUUUUCAAUUCUCCAUCAUAAGAGAAGCUCACCGAAACACGAGAUGGAGGAGCACCUUUUCUGGAAAAGGCAGCCGUUUUGGCUUAGGGAUUUGUAUAGACCUGUCAGUGCCACGUCCAUAGAAAACAUGGCACAAAAGCUGCAUGACAAGGAUGUGUCUGUUGAGGAUGAGCUGUUCUACAAAAUGUUGCGUGGCGAAUUCUCAGUGUUCAAGGUUGCUGCUACAGACUCGGCGGCUUAGGGGCCAAGCAAAUCACAGCACACGAUACUGCCAGGGAGCGAACCCCAUCCUCAGGAUACCUGA